CGUCACGCAGCUGACCGCGCCCGCAUCCGCUAGGCCAGCCGGCGCUCGCGAGAUAAAAUCCGCCGCGGCCGCCUCCACCCACCGCGAAGCUCGCUUCUCCAAAUCCCCCCCUUCGCCUUGCGAGGGGGCGGAGGGGAAGGCCGCGCCAUGGAGAAGGCGGGGCGGCAUCAGAUUAUGGGCAGCGGCGUCGGCGGCGGGGCCGGGAGGAAGAUGGGCCCGACCGCGGCGCCCGCGAUGGGGCUGCAGAAGCAGAACUCGUGGUCGCCCGACAUCGAGCGCGACGAGGCGUGGGAGCGGCGGCGCCGCGGGAUGCGCCGCGGUGGGUCGGCGCUGCGGCGCGUGCGGAGCGUCACGGACGACGACCUGGACGAGCUCCGCGGGUGCAUCGAUCUGGGGUUCGGGUUCGAGCCGCCCGCCGCCGGGUCCGGGUGCGCGGCGUGUGGCGGCGCCGGGAGGAGCCGCCUCCUGGAGACGCUCCCGGCCCUAGACCUCUACUACGCCGUCCACGGCGGUGGCGGCGCCGGGGCGGAGCGGUGCGCGUGCGCGUGCGGCGCCGCGUCGGAGGUGUCCUCCGACGAGUCGCCGCUCGGCAGCCCCAUGUCCAUACUCUCUCCAGGCGACACGCCGGAGACGGUGAAGAUGCGGCUGAAGCAGUGGGCGCAGGUGGUCGCGCUAUCCAUGCUGAGCCGCCACUGAACUCAGGGAUGGCCAUGCCGUCGCCGCCGCUAGCUUGCAUUGGGAGGAGAGAAAUCACCCGAGAUGCAGAAGAAAGGAAUCCCGGCCGCGUCGGGCUGAAAGAAAAAGAUAAAAGAAUUUCUGUUAUUAGGGUUUGGUGGGCCGCCGCUUGCACCUUGGCCUAUCCUAUCUCGGACCGCUUGCUAAUCAACUUUCUUUCACCAUGAUGAUGAUGGUGAUUCCGUUCAUGUCUAAGACAAAAACACAUGCCUAAUUACUUUGGUUAUUAAUCAUAUUGCUUCCUCUAAUCCAUUGUAGUUUCUCGUCUGUGUAUGUACAUGAUUUCUUUCAAGAGGCAGAUUAAUUUUCUUCUCAAAUCAUUA